AUGGGUUAUCAAUAUUUCUAUCCAAAUGAGAAUGUUGAUUUUGUGAAAUUGGUUAGUUUAUUUAAAUCACUUACUGUGAUUACAUUGGGUCUAUCCAUUGGAUACUUUCUUACAGCUACAUUAUUUCAAUGGUUAAAAUGGGAUAAACUACAUAGUUAUUUCUAUGUACUUGUAUUAACUUAUAGUUGGAAUUUAAUUGUACCAAUGGUAAUUAUGAUUGAUGCCUUCCUAUGGAAACCGAAACCAGUUAGAUUUCUGAUUUCAAUUCUCAUAUGCGGUCUACUAUUGUUCGCUUACAAUAUCUUUGUAGAAGUUCAAAUCAAUAAAUUACAAUACAGUAUGUAUCCAGCUCUAGAUAAUAUGAGUAUUAGUUGUCGUCUUCUAGUUUAUUAUGUUGCUUGGAUAUGUGUAUUCAUUCUGACUUUUCUAUCAUAUAUGUUUAUUCGUUUGCUCAAUCGUGAUAACAAUAUACAAACUAUAGUAGAAUUGUAUAGAAGAAAUAAACCCAAGUUCUAA